AAACAAUGUAUUAUAAAAAUAUAAUAGUAUUAAUAAGUUGAACAAAACGAGAUUAUAAAGGUUACGUGACAACCUACAUUGUGCAAUAUAUAAUCUAAUCAAAUCUUGAAACAUCAAAUUCGUUAAUUUUUUGCCGUUAUGAUUGAGAAUCAUGAUAUUGAUAUCAUUUCGGUUUAUAACAAUGGGCAGGGCAGAGUUUGGAAAAACCUCAAAAUAAAUGAUAAAGAUUAUGUGAUAUGUUUUAUAAAGGAAAAUGAAUCGAGAAAAGUUUUUCUAACAGAUCUAAUAGAAAUUUGGGUGGAGACUCUGACAGACGAAACUAUGUUUCAUAAAUGUCAGGAACGCCACAACAAUUUUGGGAAAGUGUGACUAUGCCUUUCUGCUCAUCAUCGAUGGAAUUGAUUCGCCGGCACAUGAUUCUGCUAAAUCUGAUUAAACAGAAGGAUGAAGA